AUGAGCUCCCUUCGCAUGGUUGUGCUCGGCUCUGCCGUGGCCUCUGCUUCCGCCAUCGCUGGCGUCCACAACAACUCCACGGCCACCGGCCACAUCGUCUACACCACCGAGGUCGUCACGGCCCUGACCACCUACUGCCCUGCCCCCACGACCCUCACCCACGGCGACAAGACCUACACCAUCACCUCGGCCACCACCCUGACCAUCACCGACUGCCCCUGCACCAUCAGCAAGCCCGUCCAGCCCACCGCCGUCCCUACUCCCGCCCCGGGCUGCAACGACAAGUGCCAGGCCACCUACGACCAGUGCCGCGGCAAGCCUGGUGCCAACCUGUCCACCUGCGUCUCCGACUUUGAGGGCUGCAAGGCCUCUUGCACCGGUGCCACCACGGCCGCUCCCUCCAAGCCCGUCUCGCCUACCGUUGUCCCUGCUCCCGCCCCGGGCUGCAACGACAAGUGCCAGGCCACCUACGACCAGUGCCGCGGCCAGUCUGGUGCCAACCUGUCCACCUGCGUCUCCAAUUUUGAGGGCUGCAAGGCCUCUUGCACCGGUGCCUCUGCCCCUGCUCCUCCCCCUGCCCCUGCUCCCACUGCCGCCAAGCCCUCUGGUAACUCUACCACUCCCGUCACCGCCGGUGCUGGUGCCCUGGCCCCGGCCAAGGUUCUCCUUGCCCUGGGUGCUAUUGCCUUGCUGUAA